GCCUUGCAAUAACAAACAUCAACUCCUUCCAAAAUGAAAUCGUUCAUCGUAUUCGCUCUCAUCGUGGCCGCAGCCGUCGCUGCUCCAGCCAACCCUGAAUCCGAUGCCGUAGUCGUCAAACAAGCGCUCGACAACAUUGGUGUGAAUGGAUACGGCUAUGAGUACGAAACCUCCAAUGGUAUCAAGCAAGAGGAGACCGGGCAACUGACGGAACUCGGUACCGAAAAUGAGGGCAUUGUAGUACGCGGCCAGUACUCUUACGUUGGAGACGAUGGCCUUACCUACUCCGUCACCUACACCGCAGACAAGAACGGCUUCGUAGCUGUGGGAGCUCACAUUCCCCAAGCCUGAAAAAGCUUAAUCAAGCGCAACAUCUAGUCCUCAAAUACUCAAACCCUUCACCCGUCCUUAAUCUGUCCCCUUUGUUAAAUCCAUUUCUGUGAUACA